AUGGAUCAAAGAAUCCAACAUGUUCUCCGAAGACCCGAAGUUUCGGGUCGUAUGGCAAAGUGGGCAAUCGAGCUGGGUGCGUUCAAUAUUACCUUCAGAACCAAGGGACCCUUGAAAGGGCAAGUGAUAGCUGAUUUCCUAGUAGAAAUGCCGGAAGAAAAAGUCGUCGAAGAAAUCGAAAAAGCUCCAAGCAAACCAUGGACCCUAUACACAGACGGAGCUUCGAGUUCCGAAGGGUCAGGGGCAGGUUUAAUUCUCACCGAUCUGGAAGGCGUGGAUAUGACGUAUGCGCUCCGAUUAGAGUUCAAAAGCUCCAAUAACGAAGCCGAGUACGAGGCCUUGUUGGCAGGGUUACGUCUGGCGGUCAAAGUCGGAGCAAAAAACGUCGAAGCUCAUGUAGACUCAUUACUCGUGGCAAAUCAGGUGAACGGGGAGUACGAAGCAAGGGAAGCCAACAUGAUCGAAUACCUCGAACAGGUAAAGCAAAUUAUGGCAUUGUUCGAAUCAUGCAAAGUCGAGCACGUCCCUCGAAGUAAAAACAAAAAGGCUGACGCAUUAAGCAAAUUGGCAUCCGUGUCAUUCAGUCACCUGGCAAAGGAAGUAAGGGUAGAAGUGUUAACCACACCUUCGAUUGCUACCCCCCAUGUUAUGCAAGUAGAAGCUCCGACCCAAACAUGGAUGACGCCUAUUAUCAACUAUCUAGUACACGACGUCUUACCAGUCGAUAAAGCAGAAGCAAGAAAGAUUCAAAUCAACUCCCUACAGUAUCAGAUGCAGGACGGAGGCUUGUAUCGAAAGACCUUUCUCGGACCAUUGCUGAAAUGUCUUGACCCGGAGCAAGCAAGUUACAUCAUCAGGGAAAUACAUUAUGGCAUCUGCGGCAUUCACGCCGGACCAAAAAUGAUAGUGACCAAGGUCAAAAACGCAGGGUAUUACUGGCCCGGGAUGCACGAGAGUGCGGUCAAAGAGCUUCAGCAAUGUAAUGAGUGUCAAAGGCAUGCACCGAUAAGCCUUCGGGCUAAGAACGAAAUGAUACCAGUAACCGCAACAUGGCCUUUCCAGAAGUGGGGCGUCGACAUAGUCGGCCCCUUUCCACGAUCAAGCGGGAGUGCUCAGUAUUUGUUGGUCGCAGUAGACUACUUCACAAAUGGGUGGAGGCUCGGCCAUUUACAGUUAUCUCCGGUUACAAUGUAA